GCUCUGCCUACUAAAAUUGUCCACCACCUAACUUAAGAAUCCAGAGAUAAACUUUUUGUUUUCUUUUUUUUACACAAGAGAUCAACUUAAAAUUAGAUUAUGUUUGUUUAUUUUUUAUUUUCCUUUUUUUUUGUCAAGUAGUUUAGUGACUAAAAGUUUUACUUUAAAGGUAAAUAAGUGAAGUGUUCAGGUUCAAACCCGACUCCUGUACGAUCUCCCUGUCAACCGAGCUAAACUCGUAUGAUCUUCUUAUUCUAUCUCUUUAUUAGACUAUAUUAAGCAAGUUUUGAUUAAUACAGUAAAUAGGAAAUAUCAGUACUAAUUAGGAAUAUCUGUAGUAAUUAUAAAUUGAUGCUGGCAGUCAAUAGAUAAGAGUAAUCAUAGGAAUCAAAUUAAUGUUGCUCUUUUAUAUAACCAAUGAUCUGAUGAAAUCACAUACAUAUCAUUCUGUUUUUACACUCUUAGUAGUUGUAACACCAAAGUGACACAGUUGUGAUGAGUCAACGCAAUUAAUCCACCGUCAAAUAACCCUUUUGUAGCAGCCAUCAUCAAAAUCAAACUCCAUUUUCGUGUUUAACGCUUCAGAGAAGAAACACCACCACCACCACCACCACCACCACCACCACCGUUGUGAUAUUUUUCAUUUUUCAUACUCAAAAUGGGAAAUCGCAUCAGCAACAAAUUCCAUUCCAAUAAUCAAACCCAUUCAAAACAACAACAACAACAACAACAACAACAACAACAACAACCUCCACAUUCUAAAUCAGAACCCUCACAUCCCACUCCAACUUCCGUCCACAAUCAACCCACCCGCUCCUCCUCCUCCUCCGCCGCUGUUGGCCGUGUCUUAGGCAAACCGAUGGAAGACGUCCGAUCUAUCUACACCUUCGGCCGUGAAUUAGGUCGUGGUCAAUUCGGAGUCACAUAUCUAGUAACUCACAAAACCACCAAAGAACAAUUCGCCUGCAAAUCCAUCGCUACCAGGAAGCUCGUUCGUCGCGAUGAUUUGGAUGAUAUUCGUCGUGAAGUACAGAUCAUGUACCAUCUCACCGGUCACAGGAAUAUUGUUGAGCUUAAAGGUGCUUAUGAGGAUCGUCAUUCAGUUAACCUUAUUAUGGAGCUUUGUGCCGGAGGUGAACUCUUUGAUCGGAUUAUAUCUAAAGGUCAUUACUCUGAGCGUGCUGCGGCGGAGAUGUGUCGCCAGAUGGUGGCUGUUGUUCAUAAUUGUCACUCUAUGGGUGUUAUUCAUAGGGAUUUGAAGCCGGAGAAUUUCUUGCUGCUUAAUAAGCAUGAGAAUUCGCCGCUUAAAGCCACCGAUUUUGGUCUCUCGGUGUUUUUCAAGCCAGGAGAUGUAUUUAAAGAUCUUGUUGGAAGUGCAUAUUAUGUUGCUCCUGAGGUGUUGCGUAGAAAUUAUGGACCCGAAGCUGAUAUUUGGAGUGCUGGGAUUAUUUUGUAUAUUCUCCUCUCUGGUGUUCCUCCCUUCUGGGCAGAAAAGGAACAGGGUAUCUUUGAUGCUAUUCUUCGCGGACAUAUUGAUUUCGCAUCCGAUCCCUGGCCUAAAAUAUCAAGUAGUGCUAAAGAUCUGAUCAAGAAGAUGUUGCAAGGUGACCCUAAAGAACGAAUUACGGCUGCUGAAGUUCUUAAUCAUCCUUGGAUGAAAGAAGAUGGAGCAUCCGAUAAGCCUCUUGAUAUUGCUGUGUUAACUAGAAUGAAACAAUUCAGGGCAAUGAACAAGCUAAAGAAAGUAGCUCUGAAGGUUAUUGCUGAAAAUCUUUCUGAAGAAGAAAUUAUUGGCUUGAAGGAAAUGUUUAAAUCCAUGGACACAGAUAACAGUGGAACAAUCACUUUUGAAGAGUUGAAAGCUGGCCUCCCCAAACUAGGUACUAAGAUUUCUGAGUCUGAAGUAAGGCAGUUGAUGGAAGCGGCUGAUGUUGAUGGAAAUGGAACCAUUGAUUAUAUUGAAUUUAUAACAGCUACCAUGCACUUGAAUAGAAUGGAAAGAGAGGACCACCUGUUCAAAGCUUUUGAAUAUUUUGACAAUGACAAAAGCGGGUACAUUACAAUGGAAGAGUUGGAAUCUGCCCUUACAAAGUAUAACAUGGGUGAUGAGAAAACAAUAAAGGAGAUCAUUGCCGAAGUUGAUUCAGACAAUGAUGGAAGAAUUAACUAUGAAGAGUUUGUAGCCAUGAUGAGGAGUGGCAACCCAGACUUGAUAACCAACAAGCGUCAGAAAUAAUCAAGUCGACCAUGCAUCGCCUGUUUUACUGGGUUCAGAGGCAGAGGCAGAAGGCUCAGGCAGGUUUCACUAACAGGAACUGAUUUGCAUUCAGCUCUCUUUAUUCACCAGCUAUUGCUUUGACAGACUAUUUUUGCUUCUGCUUCUUUGACUGCUAUUUGAGUUAUGACAACUUUUCUAUCCUUGUAAUACAUAUUGAUGAUUGCUCCUAAUUUCACUAAUUAUGUCCAUCAUGACCUGUUGUUUAAAA